CACAAGAUGUGAAGUGAUACAAUAAUAUAUGUACGACUUCUAACUUUCUCCACCACUUCACGUGCAUACUCUAAAAACUUGAGACUCAAAUCUCAACUUACAACUUAACCUUCCAAAAAAUAUUUCCUUUCCUGCGUUAUUUUAGGGAUGUUUGUUAAGUGACUAGUAAAAUGCUUCACAUCAAACCUACAACUAUCAGCAGUAUGCCAAGGGUUUGUUCAACCAUCAACCUUUUAAUGUUGAAAAGGUUAUUGCUGCUGGAGGCUGAGAGCAAAGUUGUGGCUGGGGGACCUAUCUUAUUACAAAGGUCGUAUCACCAGCAGCAUGGCUUCAGUAAAAGGUAUCUUCGGGACAAGGCUGAGCUACAAAGGCAGCAACAGAGACAGAAAGAUUUGGAAAUCCUGAAUUUACCUGCGGGUUGUAACGACGAGUCACAAGUGAGGGACGCUUAUUUAAAAUUGGUGAAGCUGUAUCAUCCCGAUGGUGGAAAAGGGGAUGAAGAGGAAUUUCAAAAGGUCGACUUGGCUUACAAAAAUUUACGCAAAGAUUUUGCAGAAUUUCGCCAUAAUAGGCAUAAAAUUGAAGGAGAAUAUGGACUCUACUAUGAUGAGGAACCAGAAGUUGAUGGAAAUUCAAGUAAAAAAGAAACCGAUGAGCCUGACAUUAAGCACACCGUCCCCCAGCAUCGGCAGUACCUGAAUUAUGAUGGCGUAGGGUCAGGAACUCCUUUCGAGAGAGAAAAACAACACAUAAAGUACAAAAGGGCCAAGGCAGCUGAGAAUGUAAUGGACUAUCGAGUUCAAAAGGUGUCACGCAGCAGUGGAGAACACGAAAGUGCUUUGACCAAAGACACCAGAGCAUCGAAAAAGAUCAAAACUGGAAUUGGAGUGGAACGGUUGGUAGAAGACCUAAUUCAGGAGUCGAUGGCUCGUGGUGAUUUUGAAAACUUGUCGGGAAAGGGAAAACCACUAAAUCACUCAUCAACGUACAACCCUUACGUCGACUUUACCACCCACAAACUCAAUCAAGUUCUAAUUGAAAAUGGCUUUGCACCAGAAUGGAUCCUUCUGGACAAGGAGAUUCGUGAAGAGAGGUGCAAGUUGAGACAAGACCUUUCCAAGCUUCGACACAAAUAUGGCCCCGUUCUGACCCACGCUGAGGAGACAGAGUGGAACUGUCUCGUUCAAAAAGAUUUUAAAAAGGACUGUGACACGUUGAACAAGUUGAUUUUAAAGUUCAACCUGACCGUGCCUAGUUUGCAUAAACAAAUGAUGAUGUUUCAGCUAGAUCGAGAAGCAGCGAAAGCUUUGACCACAUUUUCACCAGAAAUUCACCAAAGCAUCGUCAGAAACAAAGUAAAAGAACAUUCAGAGAAACGACAUGAUGUUGGAAACCAUGAGUCGGUGAUGGGAAUGUUGAUGUCAAUUUUUAAAAUGUGAUAUGUUAAUGAACGUAUGCAGUAUUGAAUACUACGCAAGUCUAGUCGUAGACACUAGGUCUCUAUAUUGAAACAUCAAUGUUUUAUUAUAGACAACCUCGAACGAACCAUCAAUAAAUCUAAAUUAUAUGUAUGUAUAAACAUUA